UGCUAUAAUUUUAAACGGUCCACAUUUCUUUAUUCGGUAAUAAAUUAAGUUUUAUAUUAAAUCUCAAUAUACAGCUCACAUAUUAUUAUUUGGUAAUUAAAAUUAAAGGUCCACACUUCAUUUUCAAUUUUAAAUAGUCCUAAUAUAUUUUAAUUUCUCUAAAAAUCAAUAAAGGGUCCGCAACUCAUUUUUUGUUAAUUAAAAUCAUUAUUGUCUCUUAUUUGGUAUAAUUGACUAAAAGGUCAACAAUUAUAUUUUAUAUAAAUCACUGUGUAUUAUUAUUAUUAUUAUUAUUAUUCUUUUGGAAAUAAAUAUAUUUCUUAUAAAUGGGAGGUCCACAUUUCGUAAUCAAAAUUUAAGAGGUUCAAUAAUUAUAUUUUCAUUAUUUUUACAGUUAUUCUAUUCUUAAAUAAAUUACAAUAAACAUACAUUUUUAAUUAAUAUAAUAGAUUGAGUUUUGGGAAAGAAAUCUAGUCAUUAGGAAAAUUAGAGAUAUAUUAAUGUAUUUGGAAAACUUUGCUUAAACCUUAACUUUAUCAUUUAAAAAUAAAAUUAAAACAUUAAAUAUGUAGUCUCAUAUCUUGUGGUAGCCGUGUUAAUAUGUUACCGCCCGAAUGCAAACCUGCAUUUUGUAUGUUGUUGACAAAAAUAUAUAAAUACGUAAUUUUUUUAAUUAUAAACCAUCAAAUAUUUUGCCGCCCGAAUGUCUAUCUGAUAAUAAUUCUGGUCGAUGGAAAAUACAUACGUGAUUUUUUUUAUUAUAAACCAUCAAAUAUUUUAAAAAGUUUAAAUCCUAAACAAGUAAAUUUAGUUUAGAAAACGAGCGAAACAAAUAGGGUUAAUACAAAAGAAACAAACAUACACAUAGUAACAUACUCUAACCAAAAAAACGAGACUUAAAAUGUAUAAUAAUUUCAUCAAUUUUCCUACAAAACAUUGUUCGGGGAUCCGGUCGAUAAAACUAUCAAAUUGGAGGAAACAAUAUACAAAAAGUCCUUAGAACAAGUGUGCCGCGCAUUUUUAAAACGCAUCAUAUUUCUAUUACCAUUUUGUACUAGGAAAAAAUUGUUGAACAACGACCAGCAAACGAGGCAAGAAGCGCCAUUCAAAGACUAUAGCGUGGGCAUUUUCGUAAUUUCAUUAAUCGCUUAGCCGUUGGACACCAUUGCCAUUCAAGAAAUUCGUCGGAGUCUAAACUUCAUUAUUUGCUUACCAAAACUAAAAAGGUGCUCUCGUGGAAAAUUUUAGGCUAUAAAAUGGAGACGAGGGCGAUGGGAUUUCACCACCUUUCUCCACCACAAAAUCUUAAUCUCCAAAAUCUCAAUCUUCAAGAUCUGUGUUCUUGUGCGUUAAUAACACAGUGUUAUGGCUUCUCAAUCGUAUUCGUAUCAUCAAUAUCCAUCUCCUUCUUAUGAAUCGAUACAGACCUUUUACGAUACCGAUGAGGGUUGGCCGGGACCUAGAUGCGGCCAUACUCUCACGGGGGUUUUCGUCAACAAUUCCCAUCAGCUUAUCCUCUUCGGCGGCAGUAGUACUGCCGUCACCACCCAUGACUCCUCCUUACCCGAGAUCAGUUUAGAAGGCGUCACCAAUUCGGUGCAUUCUUUUGAUGUUUUGACCAGGAAGUGGACACGGCUUAAUCCGGAUGGUGACGUUCCGUCUCCCAGGGCUUGUCAUGCUGCCGCUUUAUAUGGCACCUUGCUCCUUAUUCAGGGUGGGAUUGGUCCAUCGGGGCCUUCUGAUGGAGAUGUCUACAUGCUUGACAUUACUAAUAACAAGUGGCUUAAGUUGCUGGUUGGAGGGGAGGCUCCAAGCCCUCGCUAUGGCCAUGUUAUGGAUAUAGCUGCUCAGAGGUGGCUUGUCAUAUUCAGCGGGAAUAAUGGAAAUGAAAUUCUUGCUGAUACAUGGGCACUGGACACGCGUGGAUCAUUUACGUGGGACAGAUUGAACCCAUCUGGCAAUCAGCCAAGUGGGAGAAUGUAUGCUUCUGGUACUUCUCGAGAAGAUGGUAUUUUUUUGCUCUGCGGUGGAAUAGAUCACUCAGGAGUGACACUGGGAGAUACCUACGGGCUGAAAAUGGAUAGCGUUAGUCAGUGUGCUUGGACUCCUGUUCCUGGUGUAGCUCCUUCCCCGAGAUAUCAACAUACUGCGGUUUUUGGGGGUCCAAAAAUGCAUGUCAUUGGGGGUGUACUGAAUAGGGCUCGCCUAAUCUAUGGUGAAGCUGUUGCUGCUGUGCUUGAUACUGAGACUGGUGAAUGGUUAGAUGCCGAUAGACCAGAGACCUCUAUGAGUGGCGCAUAUAGACAAAAUCAAUAUCAACUUAUGCGACGUUAUCACCAUGCUGCUGCAUCAUUUGGUACCCACAUGUAUGUGCAUGGCGGGAUUAGAGAUGAUGUAUUGCUUGACGAUUUGCUAGUGGCUGAAACAUCCCAGUCUUCAAGUCCUGAACUAGAAGAAGAUAAUCCUGAAAAUUAUAUGUUGCUCGACGAUUUUCUAAUGGAUGAAAUACCUAAGCCUUUAGGUUCUGAACCAGAAGCUCCAUCCUUUAUAAGGAGGAGCUCAAGUGAAAGUGCGAUGGAGAGAUUGGCAGAGGCAUAUAACUUACCAACUAUAGAAAAUGCUUUUUAUGAUAGUGAAAUUGAAGGAUAUGUUCCACUUCAGCAUGGAGCUGAGUCGGAUGGAAAUAGAGGUGGCUUGGUGAGAACUGUAAGCUUGGAUCGAUUUGCGAAUGAGGACCAGCAGACUAAUAUUUUAAUGCCACAGUUCAUCGGACAGAAUUCUACUCAAGACUUGCAUAAAAAGGUCAUUUCGACUCUGUUGAGACCUAAAACCUGGAUGCCUCCUGCCAACAGAGAUUUUUUCUUGAGUUAUUUAGAAGUCAAGUAUUUGUGCGAUGAGGUGGAGAAAAUAUUUAAGCAUGAACCAACACUUCUUCAGCUCAAAGUUCCUAUCAAAGUCUUCGGCGAUAUCCAUGGACAAUACGGGGAUUUGAUGCGUUUAUUUCAUGAAUAUGGAUAUCCUUCAGUGGAAGGAGAUAUCACGCAUAUAGACUAUUUGUUUUUGGGAGAUUAUGUUGACCGAGGACGACACAGCUUGGAGACCAUCAUGUUGCUGUUUGCUUUGAAGAUUGAAUAUCCGAAGAACAUCCACUUGAUUCGUGGAAAUCAUGAGUCUCUUGCAAUGAAUAGAAUUUAUGGUUUUCUUAAAGAAUGCAAAGAAAGAAUGGGUGAUUCCGAUGGGUUUGAAGCAUGGUUAAAGAUUAAUCAAGUUUUUGAUCAUCUUCCGCUUGCUGCACUUCUCGAAAAGAGAGUUUUGUGCGUACACGGCGGAAUUGGGAGGGCAGAUACCGUCGAACAAAUUGAAAAGAUCAAAAGGCCGGUGUUCCCGGAUACUACUGAAUCAAUUGUCUUGAAAGACAUCUUAUGGUCAGAUCCUACGAGGAAUGACACUGUUUUGGGUAUAGUAGAAAAUCCCAGAGGAGAAGGUGUUGUCUCAUUCGGGCCGGAUAUAGUCAAGGCAUUUCUAGAAAGGAAUGGACUGGAGAUGAUACUAAGAGCACACGAGUGUGUUAUUGACGGCUUUGAAAGAUUCGCUCAAGGACGGCUUAUAACAGUCUUUUCUGCUACAAACUACUGUGGAUUGGCCCAAAAUGCGGGAGCAAUAUUGGUAAUUGGUAGAGAUAUGGUCAUUUAUCCUAAGAUGAUUCAUCCUAACCCUCCUCCCAUCUCAUCUUCAGAAGAAGACUCUCCAGACAAAGCAGGGAUGCAGGAGCUGAACAUCGAGAAACCGCCUACUCCAGCUCGAGGGGAGUCCAGUGAGUAAAGGCAGAGAUUUGGCAUAGAGAAGCUGCGGUUUAAGAGGUUCAUUUGCAAGCUGCACAAGUGUACUGGAGACUGAUCGAUCAUUGUUGUUGUCCAAUACCCUUUCUUAUCUUUUUCCAACUUUUUUUUUUUCUUUUCCUUAUUUGGUUUUGGUUGAGGACCAUUUUAAAAGUAAUUUUCUUAAUAGUUAGUUUGGAAAACAGUUGAUUUAUUAAGUAUUAUUGAUUCACAAUAUUUUUAAUCAAUAAAAAGUAUUUUUUUCUUCUUUUUAAAAAAAGGUUACGAACUACUUAUAAUCAUAUUUAAUAAGACG